UGGCAAUUUUGUUCGGAUGUUUUAACAUACACAACAAUACAACAUCAUAUUAUUAUCCACCUCAACACAAUUGACACUUGAAUUUUCAUUGAAAUAAUAAAAAGAGUAUAUGUUUGAGAAAUUGAAGAGAAAAAAAAAAAGAUUGAAAAAUGGGGGAAGAAAUCGGAAUUGAAGAUUUAGGAGAUCUAGCGAUUCAAGUAAUCCUCUCAAAGUUAGAACCAAAUGGCACUGCUAGAAUUGGUUGUGUCAGCAAGAAAUUCAGAGAUUGGGCUUCUGAUGAUUACUAUUGGUCUGUUCAUGCAUCCCGUGAUCUUCAUAUGGCUUCUCCUGUUGACCCUUUUGAUAACCCAGUUCCUUCCUUCAAGGUAGCCUAUGGGUUAUGGAGGGAAGCUUUCAGCAUGUAUUCUUGGCCUCUUCUCAAACGUGUCAAAAUGUGCUGGGAUAGUCUUAAAAGUUGGUUGGAUAAAAAUUUUCCCGAGGUGCUCUUGACUUUGAGAAAGGGUGCAUCUGAGGAGGAGUUAAAUGAGGUGGAGAAAAGUUUAAAAUUGAAGUUGCCACUUUCCACACGCUUGAUUUACCGUAUGCAUGAUGGUCAGGAAAUCUCAGACAAAUUGCUGGGUCUUAUCGGAGGUUACUCUGUUUAUAACCAUCUGGUGAAUGUGGGCUUACUACCAUUAAGGCAUGCUGUUACAGCGUCAAAGCAUGUGAUACAAGCGUCAAAGUAUAUUGUUAUUGCUGCCUCUAUUCUAGAAAGUAGAAAGUUUUUCUACCUAAAUUGUGCCGACAAUCAAUUGUAUGUUGGAACUGUGAGCCUUGAAGACGGUGAAAUGAUGUCUUGUGUUCCUGAUUCAGUGUUGAAGUCUAGUGGUAAUGAGCUUUGUGAUGGAGUGUUAUUAUGGUUGGAAGAACAUUGCCGUCGCUUGAACAGUGGUAUGCUUGCAGUUCGUGAGGAAUGUAAUCAGAAAAGCAUUAGUCAGUUUCCAGAGAAGUCACCUCUAUGCUCCACAGUUGUGACAAAUGGUGUGCAGGUACGUGCAUCUGCUGUGCUCCUUCCAGAGCAGACUGACCUUAGGAUCCCUGAUUUCUUGUUUGCUUACUCAAUCCGCAUGUCCCUUUUACCCGAGGGAUGCACAGUACACGGAAGGACGUUUAGCUCUUGUCAGCUGUACUGGAGACAUUGGAUUAUCCGAGAAAACAAGGUUGUAAAGAAUGAAGUUAGUGCAGAAGCUGUUAUAGGAAAGUACCCUUUGUUGUUACCCGGCGAGAAAGAAUUUGUUUAUGAGAGCUGCACAUCUCAGCAACAGACGUCUGGAUCCGUUGAAGGUUCUUUUACAUUUGUUCCUGGAAGAUUGACGCAUCCGGAAGGUGAUGCAUUUGAGGUUGAAGUGGGACGCUUUCCGGUUGAGAUGCCCGACUACAUCUUCUAGAAAGAACAAUAAUGUGUCAUAUGUGAAUAAGUAGCAGUGAUGGGCAACGACAGUCAUCUUGGUAGUGGUGAAGCCACUCGGGGGGCUGGCAGGACCGCUUCAGCCCACUUUUACGGUCUACUCUUUAGUUCGGCCCUUCUGAUGUUUUCUUUAUUAUAUAUUGUUAGUAUUGCUUUAUGUAUUUCCGGCUUUGACUUUUGUUUUCAGUCUUAACAACUUGUAUCAUAUAACUCGAUACUAUAUAUAUCUCUAGUUGUAAGUUUGUAACUCCAUAGUUUGGUGUUUGGAUAAAGUUUUCUUGUACAAAUGCGAAUUUGCUGCUUUUGUUUAAUUCAAAUUUUUUUUAACAUACGAUUUUCUUCUAUUUUU